CAUCAGCGCUGCCACAAAGAAUCUGUGCUGCCAGACCUGAUAGACACAGUUCGAAAUUCGAACACUCGAAACAAGCCAUUAUCGAAGUAACAACGGUUUUGUCAAAAUGACAUAUUGACCCAUAUAGCAACACUUUCUUCGAACACGCACCCUUGGAGACCAAAAAAAACAAUAGUUUUGCCAAAACCAAGGCGAAUAAACGAAUCCAAAAAUGUUUCUAGACACUCCAAAAAGGCCACCUCGAACCCGGCGCUAUGUGGAAAAAGCAUUCGAUGAAGUCAAAUCAAAGAAAAAUGUUCGAGAUGUAGUGAUUCUCAACGAUUCGGGGCAUCCGGUUAUGAGUACAAUGGACCAAGCCGAGGCUGUGCAGUUUUCAGGACAAUUCCAGGCCAUUCGAGGAAGAUUGGAACGUGGGAUGAGCAAAAUUGAUCCCACAGAUGAACUGGUCAUGCUGAGAGUGCGCACAAAAACUAAUGAGGUUCUAUUAGUCCCAGACUCCAAAAUAACAGUACUCGUAGUGCAGAAUGCGCAUGAUAGCUUUGAAAAAUAA